UAUAAUGUGUUAAUGCUAAUGAGGAGUGUACGGAUAUUUGUCUGCAUACAUUCAAGGAGUAGCAAGAAAUGUACUAAAUGUAGCUUUUUGUGUAUAGUAAUAUGGCUAUGUGUGUUGCAAUGAACGGAUUUUAUAAAGUGAAUAUUACAGUUUGAAACUGUGAUAUAACUGAUAUUUGCAUUAUUCAGGAACAACAAUUAUUAAAAACUAGACAAAUAUAUAAGUGAACAUUUUUUUGAAUUGGCAGUUUAUAUAUGUGCUCUGUCAUUGUCAUAGAGGUUUCAUAUGUCGGACUAAGAGAGAAAAUGUUGUGGCCUUUUAAUAAAGGUUGACAGAUAUGGGACACAGCAGUGAGGAGUUGGGGAGGGGGUCCCAUUGUGAGUCACAGAUAGGAAAGAAUUAAUGUGGCAGAAAGUAGCUGCUCUCGUUUAUAUGUUUCUUAUAUCUCCAGUUGAUUCUCAUACUGUUAUCCAGCCAGCCAUCCAUCCAUCCAUCAUCCAUCCAUCCAUCAGCCAUCCAUCCAUCCAGUUCAGGGUUACAAGGUGAGCUGUACUCAAACCCAGCAGGCAUUACUUUUCUCCUAUUGGCCAAAUGUCAAGUCAACACAAUAAUGCUAUUAUACGCUCUGAGUUGGUUGUACUUUGACAGUCAGGUUUGUUUGUUAUCGAUAACAGUUACACUAAGCCUCAUCCUUCACUGAUUCUUCUAUGUUGUUGUCUUGUAUGUAAUGUUUUCUACAAGCCCUGGCCUAAAUCCCUUCGAUUUGAAGACUUCGAUCAGUGCAUGCCAUUAAAUCUCAAGGAGCUGGAAAGACCUCCACAUCACAUGUAUGUUUUUUUGUUGUUUUUUUUUUUUUUGGCAGAAACUACAACCUAAUUGCUAAAAUAGUCUGCUAUUUGUUAAAAUAACAUCGAUUUUAUAUUUUUCUAUAAAAUCAAACAUUUAAAAUUUCUAUAUUUCUUUAAUUUCUAAUCUAAAUAUCCGUAUCUACAUUCAUUUAUGUAUUAUAGAUAGAUUUAUAUAUUUAUUAAUGUAGGACACGAAUUUAAGCAAAAAUCCAUUUUAGAUUAGUGUUUUACGGCUGUAUGCAGUUUUCUGCGCCGCCACUAACGCUGCUCAUACGCAAUCUCUGGAUAGGUGGUUACCAUGGUUACUGGGUCACAUGCGUGGGUUUCCUGUAGCCAGCAGCAGCAGAAGAUGCUCGGACCAAAAAUCCACAGCCAUUUUCAUUCCCUGCUGCAGAUAGCUGACUGCUGACUGGGCGGCCUGACGACAUCCGUCUGAAGGAACUGGUCCUUUUGAAUUUCCCCCUCACAGUCCAACUGCGUGUUUUUGAUUCGUUUAAUUUCUCAGCAAACCGGUGUAAUCAACAUCAUUAGAUUGAUCACAGGAAUGAGUAUAGAAAUCCCUGAAGGACUGACGGAGCUGUUACAGAGCUUUACCGUGGAAGUUUUAAGGAACCAGCCCAGGGAUUUGCUCGAGUUUGCCUUACAGUACUUCACCCAGCUGAAGGACCGUGAGACCAAAGAGGCCUCCUUCGGCAAUGACCAGAAUUCGGCCCCGAGACCUGGGAAAGCGGUCAAUUUCAUUGACGAGGCCAUGCAGAUCGACUCGGAGAACGGAGAGGAGGACGAUGAGGACGACGACGACGACGACGACGACGAAUUCACAGCACCGGUAAUUAACAGGUUCAUCAGAAGAGCAUCAGUCUGUGCUGAGGCAUUCAAUCCUGAUGAAGAUGAGGAAGAUAAAGAGCCAUGGGUGACCCAUCCAAAAACUGAUGAGCAGAGACAGAGACUACAGGAAGCAUGUAGAGACAUUCUCCUGUUCAAGAAUUUGGACCCUGAGGAGAUGUCCUCUGUUCUGGAUGCCAUGUUUGAGAAGUUCUGCACAGACGGCGAGCACAUAAUUGAUCAAGAUGAUGAUGGGGACAAUUUUUAUGUCAUUGAAAGUGGCAUGUUUAACAUCUAUGUGAAAGUGGACGGCACAGAGAAGCUCGUGGGCUGCUAUGACAACAGAGGCAGCUUUGGAGAACUAGCGUUGAUGUACAACACGCCCAGGGCGGCCACUAUCAUCGCAGUCUCGCCCGGAGCCCUUUGGUGCCUGGAUCGUCUGACAUUCAGGAGGAUCAUAGUGAAGAACAAUGCCAAGAAGAGGAAGCUCUACGAGGCGUUCAUUGAAACGUUGCCAUUGCUGACAUCACUAGAGCUCUCAGAGAGGAUGAAGGUUGUGGAUGUCCUAUCUACCAAGGUCUACAAUGACUCACAGCAGAUCAUUGCUCAGGGUGAUUUAGCAGAUAGCUUCUACAUUGUAGAGUCUGGUCAAGUUAGGAUCACCAUGAAAAGGAGCAGAACGAAAAAGGACCAAGAGGAAGAGGAAAUGGAUAUUGCUACAUGCUCACGGGGGCAGUAUUUCGGAGAGUUGGCUCUUGUCACAAACAAGCCCAGAGCUGCAUCUGCCUAUGCUGUAGGCAGUGUCAAAUGCUUGGUUAUGGACGUACAAGCAUUUGAGAGACUGCUGGGCCCAUGCAUGGACAUCAUGAAGCGAAACAUUGCUAACUACGAGGAGCAGCUCCUCACCCUGUUUGGAAGUAGCCCUGAACUUGAGCAACAGUGUGCCUACGAUGACCUCCAUGGACCAUGAAUCAGUGGAUGAAAAAAAGGUUGUUUGUUUGUUUGUUUGUUUCCCUUUGUGAUGACUAAAAAAAGGCUUUUCAUAAAAGAAAUGUGAAUCCCCUUCACAAAGUUUGUGUCGUAUCAACUCAACAGACAAUGUUAGUCUUCUUUGAAGAGAGGUUGCCAGUAUUAUUGCUAGGCCAAAGCAAAGUUGCUGAAAGCUUGUUUAAGUACGUUGUGUCACUUCCCACAUCACUGACCAUAAAUAAGAAAUGCACUGGGCUGCCCUGUUGUAAAAGUAGGGCUUUACUAGUUUCAUAGGUAACUUAUUUUUUCACUUUCUUUGAACAUCAAAAAACGUUUCCCGUAGAAUCGAUGCUUGUGCUUGCUUAUGUCAUUUCUGUUAAUUAUGAUUCUCUUUAUAGGGAUAUCAAUAAUAAGGAUGAUGCUGAACAAAACAAGAUUGGACAUGGUGUGAUUGUCCAAUAGGAGCCUAAUUUCAGGCGUUAGCUUUGCUUUAUAACCUUAUCCUAGACAUGGAAACGUGCUAAAUGAACAUGCCUUUCCUGUUAAGAAGAUCGUAAACUCUUCAGGAUUAGGUUUAUUUGAUCAUGUUGUGUGAUAAUUGUAGAAUACUUUUAAAGCAUACUUCCAUUCAUAGUUUUUCUCUCGAAGUAUUUCUUCUGUCCUUCCAGGACUCCUCUUUCAGCGACGUCACAAACGAGUAGCCACGUCCAUUUCUUAUAUACAGUCAAUUCCCUUUCCUCAAACCGAGUGUACAUUUCACAUAUCAAUGCCAGAUGCAUUAAUUGUUGAUACAAUCAACACUUUUGUUUAAACUACUUAUCUCACUGUGUUAAAGGUAUGACAAAAUCCUAUACUGUUUGUGUUUCAUUAACAUUGUUUUUUUUUAAUAGGAAAAUGCCAAAGUAAAUUUCCUGCUGGACAAUUUUAAGCGAAUAUAUUUGAUCGUGUUUUCUAAACAGUGAAAAGGGGGCAAAUACGAGUCUGUGCAAAAGUCACAUUUUGGUCAUAAAUAAAUGUAGAUGUGACAGUACUUUCACAUUUUUAUCCAUUUUGCAUUCGUUUUUCACAAGAUUUAAUCAAGUGACUGUGUUUUCAUUACCUGUGUUUCAUUGUGUUUGUAGCUGCCAGGCAAAUGUCAUGCUUUAGCAAAAAAACAAAGAAAAAGAUGGAAAACAAACAAAAGACAAAAAAGCAAAAACAUACUUCAGAGAGAUAAUUGAUAGUUUUGUAAGAAUAUUAUACAACAUGUUGCUGUAAUAUUUGAAAAUGAGUAUUUACUGUUAUUGUAGAGGCCCAUCAUUAUUUUAUUAAGUUGCGCCAUUAGACUGUAGCCAUAUUAGACAAUGUCCUUUUGUGUCUGUCAGAUUUAAGUCUGCUUCUGUGUCAGUGAACAUGUAUUAUUAUUAUUAUUAUUAUUAUUAUUAUUGCUGUCUACCUCUGCCAAAUACUUGUACUCUUCAGAAACACAUAACCCGUCCCCACUCCCCUCUCACAUUUAAAAGAAAUAACUGACAUUUUAUGUGAUUUUGCUGCAGCUUUAAGUCUUUAAAGCUGAUAUAACAUUAAACAUUACACAUUUACUUAUUUCACUCCUUUGUAAAGGUGAACCAUUGAUGACUUCUGAGGGCAAUCACUGGAAUGGUGGUAAUGUGUGUUUCACUUUUCAUGACAAUAAAACAUUUUUUAUACA